GAUCAAUUGUAUUCAGUUUCCAUCCAUGAACAACCUUACACAAUCAUCCAGUGGGUAGACACUUCUCAUACAAAAACUAGUCUCUAUAUGUAGCAAUUGAUAUACAACCUUAUCCCUUAAGCAAUAAAGUGCAUUUUGGAUUGAUUUCAAUAUAGCAGGGGAACCCGCGGAUCAAUACCACCAUACUAAAAAUAAUUGUUAGUGUCCUUAAUGUUGGUAGUAUUGUUAGUUUGACAAAUGAAAAAAAAUGUUUGUCAAUUGAGUUUGAGUUUUUAACCGGCGAAUUGAUUCGUGUGAAGUUAUUUUCUCAGAUUUGGUGCAAUAUUACUGUAAAUAAACUUUUCUGUCGUUUACGUUGAGUUGAUUAAGUUCCUCCGUAUCGGGCGUGAUAAAGUUUGCUGUUCAGUGUUUUGUUUUUUGUGAGAUAGAGACUCUUUUAAAUAAGCUGUGUUUCAACUUCUACAGAAGUUUAAACUCUUAUUUACUUUUCUGUUUAAUGGGUAUGUUAUCUACUUACUUGAAAUAUUAGAUCUAUUACAAAUCUAUUUUUCAUUAAAAACAACUCUAUGUGAUGAAAAUGUAAAUGUACUUUCAAAACUGGUAAAUGCAUGAACCAGGGCAUUGACACUGGUUGGAGAGAAAUUAUAGGGUUUGUUUAAUUAAUACCUAUUUCAUUUUAGGCUUCUACUGAUAAUGGAGAGUAGAAACAACAAGAAGUGCGUUAUUUGUAAUAAGAGGCGAAGUCGUGGUGGAUCACCCUUACUUUUGAGUAGGUUUCCUCUGGAUUCUGACCGUUGUCGAAUGUGGGUUAAAAAUGCUGGCAUAGAAGACUUAGCAUAUGUACCUAUUGAAAAGUUACACCAACUGAAGUUUGUUUGUGGUGGGCACUUCACUCCUGAAUCCUUCAAUGCCAAAGGAACUCGGCUGAAGAACUCAGCUAUUCCAACACUAGAAUUGAGCAAUCCCAUCUUGCCAGAUGAAGUUUUGACAGAGUUUCCUCUUCAUGUAAAAGACUCCAAUAAAGAAAACCUCAAGACAGUUCUUUAUGAUCAUUCAUAUUGCAUUCCAAAGAAGUCAAAUCCAGUUGAACGAGUUCCCCUUACAACUACAACCAGACAACUAAAUUCAACAUGUUUGGGAGCUGUGGAUAUACCAGAUUCUGGUAUUUCUGCGAAAACAACUUUUGAACCUCUUCCUUCUACUUCCAAUGCACCAGAACAUAUGACCUAUAAACCCAUUACUCAUGAUGAUAAAAACAUUUGCCAUCAAGAUGCACAGGCAGAAAUAUUAGUCCACAGUUAUAAAAGACCUAAGAAAAACAUUGAAAUGAAAGACACUUCAUCAACAUUUACAAUUAAAGAGAAGAGGCUUUGGCGACAGUUACAAAAUGCAAAAAAAACAAUAAGGAAUAUAGCGAAGUCAAGAGUGAAUUUAGACAAGUUAGAUUCGGAAGUGCUGACAUCGUUAGUAAAGGAUGUAGUGCAGAAUAACAAAAAAAAGUCACAAGGAAAAAGGUGCCAACAAAAUAUAUGCUUUGGCUAUAUUUAAACGGUCCCCU